UUCAUUCUUCGGCUGCAGUCGCUACCGAAAGCACGUCUUUCUUGGCAAUAUAAGUUCCUAAACUUAAACUAUCAGUUCCAGCGACAACACAUAUGAAAAUGAAUAUUUUUCUUCUGCUGCUCCUACUGGGAGCAGUGAUAUGCAGCACUGAUGCUGUUACGCACUCACUGAAGUAUUUCUACACUGCAUCCUCUGGGAUUCCAAAUUUCCCAGCGUACGUGUCUGUCGGGUUGGUGGAUGAUCUUCAGAUUAGCCACUGUGACAGCUUCAUCAAUAGAAACGAACCUAGACAGAACUGGAUGAGCAGAGCAGAAGAGGAGGAUCCAGGAUACUGGGAGGGACAGACUCAGACAUGUUUGGGGCAACAGCAGUCCUUCAAAGCCAACAUCGAUAUAGCAAAGAAACGCUUCAACCAAACUGGAGGUGUGCAUGUAGUCCAGCGGUUGUAUGGCGUUGAGUGGGACGACGAGACAGGAAAGAUUACUGGAUUUCAUCAGUAUGGUUAUGAUGGGGAAGAUUUCAUAGCAUUGGACUUUGAUACAGAGACAUGGACUGCUCCGACCCAGCAAGCUGUUAUCACCAAGCACAAGUGGGACAACGACAAGCCUAAUACUGAUUACUGGAUCAAUUACCAUGCCCACCUUGCUCCUGACUGGUUGAAGAAGUAUGUGGACUAUGGAAAAGACUCUCUCAUGAGAACAGAGCUUCCAUCAGUGUCUCUCCUUCGCAAGUCGUCAUCCUCUCCAGUCAGCUGCCACGCUACGGGUUUCUAUCCCAACAGAGCAGAAAUGUUCUGGAGGAAAGAUGGAGAGGAGAUUCAUGAGGGUGUGGACAAAGGAGAGAUUCUCCCCAACAAUGAUGGGACCUUCCAGAUGAGUGUUGACCUGAAGCUUUCAUCAGAAAACCCAGAGGACCAGAAAAAAUAUGAAUGUGUGUUUCAGCUGUCUGGAGUCAAAGAUGACAUCAUCACCAGACUGGAGAAAAUAAAAAUAAACAUCAGGACUGGACAUGGUUCUUCAGAGUUCCCCCCUGAGGCUGUUAUUGGGAUUGUUGUGACACUGGUAAUUCUGGUUGGCAUCAUUGCUGGAGCCCUAUGGUGGAAAAGAAGAAACAAUGGGUUUGAAAAAGCAAAUACUUCUGAGACUUCAUCUUCUUCCUCAGGAGAUCCUAAGAAUCAGGUGAACAGCGAACAGGAGAAGAUGAUGAAGACAAUAAGUUGAAUGCACAAAGAAAACAGAACAGUCUGGAAAUAUCUGUUCAUAAAUUACAACAUCAAGUAAAAUUAAAAUAACUGUGGAAAUCAAUCUUUUUAAUAUGUAUGACAGUUCUCUUCCGAGACUUCUAUUUUUCCUUUCUUUAUGAUUUAAGUUUCCUUUUCUCCUUUUUUUUAUUUGACACUCCUGCUUUACUGGAUUAAUGUUGGUUAAAUUAAACAAACUUGAUACAAUUGUAAAAAUAACUCACUAUUGUGUUUAUUUUAAUGCAACUGCAAUCUUAAUUAAUGUGGGGAUUUUUUUGUUUGUUUUCCAUCUCAUAUGUGUGACAAAAAUAUUAUAAAUGAAGCAAAUUUGUUAGUUCUUUGAUUACAACUGUUUGCUUUGAUGUUUUACUGUUUUAUUGAAUUCCUAUUUUCUUCAACAUUCUACCAAUAAGGUCUAUAUGUGGUGGUGCAAUUUUAUCAAUAAAAUAUAAAUAUAAAA